AUGAGUGUGACAUCAUGGUUCCUGGUGAGCAGCUCAGGGACGCGGCAUCGCCUCCCCAAAGAGAUGAUCUUUGUGGGCCGGGAGGACUGUGAGCUGAUGCUGCAGUCUCGCAGUGUGGACAAACAGCACGCUGUCAUCAACUACAACCAAACGACUGAUGAACACCUCGUCAAAGACCUGGGCAGCCUGAACGGGACGUUUGUGAACGACCUGAGAAUCCCCGAUCAGACGUACAUCACCCUGAAAGUGUCUGACAUCAUCCGCUUCGGAUACGAUUCUCAUGUCUACGUUCUGGAGAAAAGUCAACACAAAGUCCCAGAGGAGGCGCUGAAGCAUGAGAAAUACAGCAGUCAGCUGCAGAUGAGUCUGAAAGCUUCAGAGGGAAAAAGAGCCGAGCUGGAGGAGCGAAGCCGAGCCGACAAAAGCCCCAGCGCCAAGACACAGGAGACUCCGGUGAGUCGGCCCACGCCUCUCUACGGUCAGCCGUCCUGGUGGGGAGAGGAGGAUUAUGGGAAUAAAGUCCAGACCAGCGAUGAGCAUCAUGCAGAGGUGCAGAGAGACGCCUCGUCUGUGGAUCCGGAUCUUAGCGGAUCUCUGUCAGACUCGCAGCCAAAGACCUUCCCUUCGUACCACCGUGAGCCCAGCUACUUCGAGAUCCCCACCAAGGACUUCCAGCACCCCAAAACGUUAGGGGCGGAGCUCCAGGAGAUCCCCACCAAGGACACGGACACGGCCCCCGCCCCUCCCUCCCCCCCCACCCCGACCCCGCCCGUCGUCCAGAGCCACGCCUCCUUCACCAUCGAGUUUGACGACUGCAUGCCCGGCAAGAUCAAGAUCAAAGAUCACGUGACCAAGUUCUCCACCCGCCAGAGGAAGCAGCAUGCUCCGCCCACCAAGGGCACCACGGCCACGCCCACCGAGAUGAUGUCAGCAGAGAGCAAGGUGGCUGAUUGGCUGGUCCACAGUGAUGUCAGCAUGAUGAGGAGGCGUCCGAUGUGUGAAGAUGUUUACAGCACCAAGAGUGACCUCGCUAUGAACAUCAAGACACUCAAAGGGCACCACCAUGAGGACGGGACCCAGAGUGACUCAGAGGACCCUGUGCUUAAAGGAAGGAGGAGUAAAUCCCACCACUCUGUCCACUCUCAACAGUCCAUCCAAUCAGAGCAGUCAGAGUCGUCGCAGCAAACUGUCCAAUCAGUGCAGUCCAUCCAUUGCCAGCCGGCCGCUCCAAUGCCAGUGCAGUACUCUCCACCCAGACCGGCCCCAGCCUCACCUGUGGCCCCAGAGCGGCCCCUGUCCCAGAGCCCUCCUCAGGCUCAGUCCCCUACCACAGAAACGCCCAAGCAGGGGCCACCUGAGCACCUCACCCAGCAGGCCUUCAUCAUCGAGUUCUUUGAUGAUAACCCCCGCAAGAAGCGCUCGCAGUCCUUCACGCACAACCCCGCCCACGCUGACUCCUACUCCGCCCUCAAAGCUAAGCUGGAGCGAAGGAAAGGUGGCGAGAGGCCAGCAUCGGUGCACGGGAACAUCCCUCCCACCCAGCAGGUGACGGUUCCUCUGAAGGGUCAGGGCCACGGUGGCCCCCAAAGGUCGAGCUCUCUUAAGAGGGAAAAGACGGAAGGGGAGGCAGCCUCAUCUGGCUCCUCCUCUCGCUCCUCUUCAGGCAUCGUCAUAAGACCCUUUGGCAGCGUCGGAAAGAAGUCGAAGCUUGCCCAGGAGUUUGCUGUUGAAUUUCUGAAGGAUUCUGGUCAAAAAGACAACUCCCCAACGAGGGACAGGACAUCCCCUCCACCAAUGUCUGCGCCACCAGUGAUGGUGUCACCUCCAAAUGUAGGAAUUCCCUCCCCACAAGAACCUCCAGCUCCUUCUGCAGUUUCCUACCCAUCCUCUCCCUUACAAUCCCAUCCAAAAACCCAUCCAAUGUCAAAGUCCACGAUCCCCACCAGCAGUCCUGGCCACACUGCCUCUCCGGUCCACUCCACAGGACCCAACCUAAUGUCCCCCAUACUGACCCUGGGUGUCCGUGGAGGAGACCCCAAAGGUUCUCCGAGGAUGGUGAGGAAUGAGGAGGAUGACAGCCUGAGUGAUGCCGGGACCUACACCAUCGAGACAGAGUCACAGGACAAAGAGGUGGAGGAAGCUCGCAACAUGAUCGAUCAGGUGUUUGGUGUCCUCGACUCUCCAGAGUACAGUGGUGUGAACACAGGAGUGUAUAGGCCUGUAAUAAAUGAUGGCAAAGAUGAGCAAGCUAACCUGCCUAGCACUGUGGACCCGUUGCAUGGCUUUAUCCCAGCUGCUCUCUGCGGCUCCCCAACAGGCCCCAUACAGGUAAAAACCAAUGCAAGACUGAAUCAGAACCUGGAAAACCUGUGUCUGGAAGGACCUAAAUGGGUUUCCCGUUGGGCCAGUCUGGCAGACAGCUAUGCUGAACCGGGUUCCACUCCACCGCAGGGGGAAUGUCUCGAAGAUUUGCGCUUCAUGAGCCGGUCGAUGGGAAGUUACAACUACGACAACUCUGAGUCUGAGUCAAGCCACAGCUCCAGGACCAGGAGGCUGCUGCCCCAGGUGCCCCCAGAAAAGCUGGAUAGCACCACCCCAAGUAUCCUGAUUCGCCAUGAAGCUUUCCAAGGUCAGGAGCCACUGAGCAAAGCCUCUGGUACUCCCCGCCCACAGGACUCCACGCAGCGCCUGUCCGUCCAGGAUGACGUAGACCCAGACAGUCUGAGUGACGCCAGCCGCUCAGAUGAUGGACCCAUUCUGGAGAAAUCAAAGAAGAAUCAGGCCAGGACUGGAGCUCCUUCUCUAGGGAGCGCAGGUCCUCAGCUCAAGGGUCAAGAGAAAGUGUCUCCAUCCACCAAAUCAACCUCCUUCUACAUUGGUUCUGAAGACAGUCCAGCCAAACCUGAUCAGGCCAGGAGUCCAGUGCAGUCUGAGAGGACACGAGAACCCCCAGCAAAAACUCCCCCUACAACCGUGCUGAUCCGACACCUUAGCGGGCAUGAACCCAAGAGGACAGGCGUCAAACCCAACAGCUCCGCUCCAAACCUACAAACACAGGACAAGGAUUCUGUCCCCACUAAAGACGGCUGCAUGUCGUCCUUCGUCCGGCAGGAGAGCUUCACCAAAGACCGACCCAGUGACACCGUCCAGAUGAAGAAGCUUCCCCACAUCUCCAGCCAGCCAUCCAUCAGAGACAUGGAGCAGAGGAGGGAGAACAUCCAGGACACGCAGUCCUUCCUCCAGGAAACCGAGGGAACUCUGUCCUCUUUGGACACCAAGUUUCCAUCUUCUGGCUCUGGUCGUAGCUCAAAGAAAGGAGGCUCCUCCAGCCACAUGGACGACUCACUUUCUGGUGAGUCCGAUGUGGACACAGCGAGCACCGUGAGCCAGGUGAGUAGUAAAAAUGCUCCAGUCAGUUCUGUUCCUAAAAAGCGUCCAGCCAUCAGCAGCCUUCAAAAGGAGAAGUCCUCCUCCAGCCCGUCAAUCCAAGAAAAGGGACGGCAGCUCACUGCCCGUGAACGCCUUUCUGAGAAACGCCGAAACCAGGCGCCUGCCGAUGCAUUGAGCAAAGCAGAGGCAGCAAAACGCUUUCAGAUGCGCCGCAGUGCAGGAAACCGUGGCUCUCUGGAUCUGUCUGAAGGCCAACAGAGUUCAGCUCAACACUGGACUGAAACAACAUCAUCUGACCAUGAAAUUUCCCGUCCGUCCAGCCGUAGCAAGAAAGUCAUCGCCCCUCUUCAAAAAGAAGACAAUGGAAAGACGUCUAAGACAGCAUCUCAGCAGGUUCUGACACGCUCCAACAGCCUGUCAGCGCCACGGCCGACCCGGGCAUCAAUGCUUCGACGAGCACGUCUGGGGGAAGCCUCCGAUAACGAAGGUACAGAGACUGACCGGGCCUCCCAAAAUUCAGACCAUAUCACUGCACCUCCCAAAACGUCUGCUGAAGUGAAGAAGCUCUCCAGGCUGGACAUCUUGGCAAUGCCAAGAAAGAGGACCGGCUCUUUCACGACUCCCAGCGACAACGAGACGUCCUCCACGAGCCGGACCGGGUUCUCCAAUCGGAACUCAGAGUCUGCUGUGACCACCAGGAAGACGUCGGUGGGUGACGCCCGCCAGGCAGCUAGCAGAGGGGGCGCAGCUCCAGGGAAGCAACCGCUGACCCGUACCCGGUCCAGUGGAGCCAAGUACACCAGCACUGGUUCCCGUCACAGGCAGAAGGGCUCAGACUUCUCCUCUUCCUCUGAGGAAGACUAUAAGACAAGCACCAGUAAUCAGAAAGCCAAACGCUCCUCCCAUCCCUCCGCCCAGACGCCUCGCCACCGGACAGCCGCCACCCGCUCCAAAUCGGUCUCCCUGGAGACGGAGGAAGAUGAAGACCAGAACGAGGUUGACCCCUACCAGAACUGGUCCACGCACAGCGCUGAGAUCGCCAAGCUCAGUCAGGACUUGGCCAAAGAUCUGGCCAUCCUGGCCAAGGAAAUCCACGAUGUGGCCGGUGACGGAGACUCACCGAGCUCCGGCAUGGGCACCACCACCUCACCCAGCUCACUGCCCAACACGCCAGCCUCCACCAUCUCUGCCAGGGAGGAGAGGCCAUAUCCAUACUUACGUGGAGUUCAACCAUCUCAGCUGGUCCAUCAUAUCCCUGAGGCCAGUUUAAACUACCAGAAGGUUCCGCCAGGUUCUGCUGCCGUCUCGGACCUGGACGCAAACAUGAAUGAGCCGGAGCCCGGUUCUAAGCAACGCCGUCCAUGGAACCGUGAAGAGGUGAUCCUUGACAACCUGAUGCUGAACCCAGUGUCGCAGCUGUCACAGGCCAUCCGCGAGAACACGGAGCAGCUGGCCGACAAGAUGAAGGUUCUGUUCCAGAACAAGGCGGAGGUCUGGGAGGAGAUCGAGGCCAAGAUCAACGCUGAGAAUGAAGUCCCCAUCCUGAAAACCUCCAACAAGGAAAUUACCUCGAUUUUAAAGGAGCUGAGAAGAGUCCAGAGGCAGCUGGAAGUGAUAAACACCAUCGUGGAGCCCGGCGGGAGUCUCCAGAUUGCAGCUGUCGGCACGUCGGCCCCCAGUCAGACUCCUCAGGUGUCCUCAAAGGAGAAGAAACCUGCUUCCAGAUCCCGUGGUGUCCCCCCAACCUCCAACGCCAAUGAAAGCACCAAGAGACCACCUCGUGGACCCGACGGGGCCCACUACAUGGCCUGA